CACGUUGUCAAACAGAAAGCAUAGACUCAACCCCUCAUUAAUUUCUGUUUCUGAACAAGAAACUGGAUAUCUAAUCGAGCCAUGUCUGGGUUGAAUGCAUCCCUCGGGUUCUUCUUGGGCGUUGUGAUUUUUGCAGCAUCAGUUCGAACUCUCUUUAAAAGAUGGCCACGGUUCAGCUUUAUUUCAGAGUUUGCCUCCUCUUUCAUGCUGGUGGCUUGUUGGCUGGAGGUGCUGACCAUAGUGGAGGUGGGUGAGUGGGCCGGGGGCUUGGGCCCUGAUGUGACGGUUACCAUGCUUUUUGUGGUGCUGCUGACUCAUGGUGUAAUCUGUGGUGGAGCAUCUGGGAAUCCCAGCCUGAUUGUGCAGAAGUUCCUGCAACUCGAGGCCACCACCCUGCCCACUCUGCUUGCUGCUGGAGCUCAGUUUGUCGGGGCUCACUCAGCUAUUCGUGCAGCUGCGUUUUACUGGAGCCUGGAGCUGACAGACAUGCACAUGAUCAAAAACCUGAUGUCUAGUGAGUGUAGCACAUCCCUGAAGGUUCCCGUGCUGCAGGGCUUCUUUACAGAGUGCGCCUGUGCACUCAUCUUUCAUCUCAUCCACUUAAACCUGAGACACAGAUCUGCUCUGAUCCGGGUGCCCCUGAUCGCUGUCCUCCUCACAUUCCUGUCUCAUACAGCCAGAAGCUACACCUCAUCUUACAUAAAUCCAUCUUUGGCAUAUGGACUCACCUUCCACUGUCCUGGAUUUACCUUCAUAGAGUAUGCAGUGGUUUACUGGCUGAGCUCUCUCACAGGGAUGACGUUGGCUGUUCUCCUGUACAUGGGCCACAUUCCCAGGAUUUUUGCCAAAAACCUUCUAUAUAACCAGAAGACGCGCUUCAGAGUGCCAAAAGGAGAGAAAGUAGAAAAGAAGAAAUUGUAA